AUGACUGCAGCCCCUGUCUCUUUGUUUUUGGCUCGGCAGGUUGACACGGACGACGUCCUCACCAAGGAAGAGCAGAUUUAUCUGCUGGGUGAAGCGAAGGAGAAAUGUCAAACCAACGUCAAAGCCCAGUUGGAGAAAAUCAAAGAUGCCAGCUGCUUCCCGGAAUGGGACGGAAUUGUCUGCUGGCCCGAGGGCUCCCCAAGCCAACAGGUGUCGGUCCCGUGCCCAGAGUACAUCUACGACUUCAACCAUAAAGGCCACGCCUACAGACACUGUGAUGCCUAUGGGAAUUGGGAGCUAGCGCUCAACAUCAACAAGACGUGGGCGAACUACACGGAAUGCACCGAGUUUCUCACGCCUGAGCGCCGGAGCCGAGAGAAGGAAGUGUUUGACCGUCUGCACAUGAUGUACACCAUCGGCUACUCCAUCUCCCUGGUCUCCCUCAUUGUUGCCGUGUGCAUCCUCUGCUACUUCAAGCGUCUGCACUGCACCCGGAACUACAUCCACAUUCACCUCUUCGCCUCCUUCAUCUGCCGGGCCGCCAGCAUCUUCGUGAAGGAUGUGGUGCUUUACUCCGGCUCGCUGCCCGAGGAGCUGGAGAAGAUGCGAGUGGAUGAUUUAAAGGGCGAGUUGGGCCCCUUUCUGGGACACCGCACCCAGCUGGUGGGCUGCAAGGUGGUUGUGACCCUUUUCCUUUAUUUCCUGGCCACCAACCACUACUGGAUUCUGGUGGAGGGGCUCUACCUGCACAGCUUAAUCUUCAUGGCCUUCCUCUCCAACAAGAACUACCUGUGGGCCCUCACCAUCAUCGGCUGGGGUCUCCCGGCUGUAUUUGUGUCUGUUUGGGCCAGUGUCAGGGCCUCUCUGGCGGAUACACAAUGCUGGGACCUCAGCGCUGGGAAUAUGAAGUGGAUUUAUCAAGUCCCUAUCUUAGCAGCCAUUGUGGUGAAUUUCUUCCUCUUCCUCAACAUCGUGCGGGUUCUGGCGUCGAAGCUCUGGGAGACAAACACGGGGAAGCUAGACCCUCGGCAGCAGUACAGGAAGCUGCUGAAGUCCACCCUGGUGCUGAUGCCACUCUUUGGGGUCCAUUACGUGGUGUUCAUGGCAAUGCCCUAUACUGAAGUCUCCGGCGUCUUAUGGCAAAUACAGAUGCACUACGAGAUGCUGUUCAACUCCUCCCAGGGUUUCUUUGUGGCUUUUAUCUAUUGCUUUUGCAAUGGGGAGGUGCAGGCGGAGAUUAAGAAAGCCCGUUUCCGGAGGAGCCUGGCGCUGGACUUCAAGCAGAAAACACGAGUCACCAGCACGGGGGGGAGCUGCUAUUAUGGUGGGCUGGUGUCACACACCACCAACAGCGUCAGCAUGAGCAUCGCCGGACGGGGGCCGGCAGGGAUGCAGCAGAGUGCCAAGCACCGGCUCCUGCCGCUGUCCCCACACACCAGCCUAUUGGGAUAUAUCCCGAGCUCCUCUGCUUCCGACAACUCUGUGCCCUCCCCAACCCAAGAGAUUCCCCAGAAGGCCCCUGGGGAGAACGCCAAGGACUUUGUGUGUUUCCCAGACCUGGGUCAAAGUCAUUCCAGCCUGAGCAAAGAGGUGGAGACCAUGCUAUGA